AUGGAAAAAGUCGGUGAACUGGAAAGUGUUCGAUGGUAUAGAUUAACAGGACAAGUUGAUGGAAAAUUGACGGCGAAAUCGGUUUCGAAUUUUCAAGUCGGAAUGAAAUUGAUAUUUUCGCAUUCGAGGUCAAAUCGGGGAUAUUCGAAACCGAUUGAAAUUCCGAUUGAGGUUUUGGAAUAUGAUGCGAUGACCAAGCAGGUUGGCGUUUUGACAACAACAGAAAAACUAGAAGAGAUGCCACGUGGAAACAGUUCUUAAUUUUGAAAAUUAUGAAACAACUUUUUUCGGAACUAACUUUAAAAUUUUCAGAAAUAUGAAAACUGAAAGUCUCCGGAUUUUUUAUGGUUUCAAUAAGUUCUAGAAUUUUUUUGUUGAAAAUGUCGACCCUAUAAAUUGCUAGAAAAAUCACCAUUGUUUUUGAAACUAAAAAUUCAGCCAUAUUUUCUCAUUCCAGAUUUCUCUCCUCUUCGAUUAUGCUGAAAAAUGCAAAAUUCAACAUUUUCGAUGUCUUUUUUUCUCAAAUUCACCUGAAAAUGAAUAUUCCUACGAUCCGUGAGUGUUUUUUCUCGAAAUCGAUUUAUUUCCCAAAUACAUAACACAUUUAUAGAAUUCUGCAUCAAUUCGUGAAGCGAGAUGUUCUUCAAAAAAUCAAAACUUCUUUCGCAAGUUUCGCCAUUUGUCAAAAAACAAGAGGUUUCGAUAGCAAAUUCAAGUUCUAGUCUGAAUCCAAAUUCGAAAGAUGCAACAACUUUGAGAAUCGCAUCGAGAAGUGAUUUGGAUGAUGAUUUCGAUUUUGAGAAAUUUCGAGAAUCUUUAAUUGACACAGUUGUCGGAUUAUCGCAUUCGAAUAAAAUGUCGGAAAAAGAAACACUUUGUCACGCGAGAAUUCAAUGUGUUGAAAUAUGCAAUUCACGAAUUGUGAUCACAGUUUUGAAUGAGGAAACUAUUGAUAUUUGGGAGGAUUUGGAUGUUUGGAUUUAUCCCAUUGAAUUGUAUCAAAAUACUGAGAAAUCGGAGAAUUUGAAAAGUCAGAUAACAGAAAUAGAAAAUGAUAUUUAUGGACAAUUGAAUGAUGGAUGGAAAUAUUUGAGAGGAGAAUUCAAGAGAUUUCGAACAAAAGAUGAGGGAGAAUGGAGAAAUGAAUAUUCGACUGUUUUACAAUUCAAAUUGAUCGAUGAAAAUGAUAAUGCACUUUUGAAGUUUAUUCAAAGAGGUUAGAUUUAAAGAAAAUGUGAUGGGAUGAUUCAGGACAAAAUAUAUCUUCUGACAAAAAAAUUCGAUUCGCAAAAUGUCAAAAAAUUUGAAAACAUACAUAAAAUGGGUCCCCAGAAUCGGGGUGAGGGGCUUAACUUUUUUCAAAAAUCUGAAGCACAACGUUCCGAAACGCAAUUGGAUGAGAGGAGAGAGAUUCUAGAGAAAACAUACGUUUUUAGUGGGCAAACGUGCUCAAAUGAGAACAAAAACUCCAUUUUCUGAGAGGUCGUUCAAACGUAUUGCCGACAUUGAUCAUCUCUUCCUCUCACCCUAUUGCAUUCUAUCAUUAGCCUAAAAUGUUGUGAAGGGAAGGGUGCCUAACUUGGCCAAUGUUCUGCUGAUAAUUUACCAAAAUUCCCAGAUUUGUCCAAAAUUCGCUCAAAAAUGUGAGGAAGGUGUUUAACUUUGGAAAAUUUUCAAGGAGGGACCCUAACUUUGAAAACUGACUCGGGGGACCUAUUUUAUGUAUGUUUGAAAACCUAUUUUUGACAUUUACUUUGUGUGAAAAAAAUUUAAACCAAAGUCUAGACUUUUCAAAUGAAAUGUGGUUUUUGCUCGAAAAGUUAUGAGCUCCCGACGUUUGAAUUUCUCCCAGAAACUUUUGAGCUGAAAUACUAAAUCCGAAAUUUUCAAUUUUCAUUUUUUAUUUAUUCAGAAACCCAAUAUUUCAGGUGACAAGUUGCGUCUUUCACUCGAUUCCGAUAUUCCUGGUCCAAUUUUUGUACGCGUCACUCAAGUUUUCCAUAAUUCAGAAGAUGUUUGUCAAAUUGAUCAGAAUACGGUAUUUUUUACAAUUUAAAUUCAAAAUUCUCACCAAAAAAUCUUUCAGAUUUAUGUAGCAAUAAUUGGAUUUGAAAAUACAUCCACAAAAAUGCGAUUAUCAAAAGAACUCCCAUAUUAUUUAUCAAUUGAUCGUGAUUCUCAAAAAUCCGAAGCAGAAAAAAAGGAAAAAGAAAAUAUGUCGGAAAGUGGAAGUUGUUCAAGUGAAGAUGUAGUUUUACAUGGUUAUUCAUUGAUUGAAAAUGUUGAUGAGUUAUGUGAAAUUAUUGGAAGUUUGAAAUUGGUUGAAUCGGAUGUGAAUUCGUAUGCAGAUAUUAAUGGAAAUCAACAAACUCAUUGUCGACUCUCGUUUUCAGUGGAAAAUAGAAAAAGUUUGAAACGAUUUGAAUGGUUGGAAGGUGAUUUUUGA